GAUCUCUCUCUCUCUCCUCCCAUCCCCUCCGCCUCCCCCCCCUCUCCCAUCCUCUCGAAUCGGCAAAUUUUCUCUCUCCUCUCCACCGCCCCGCGGCGGAUCGCGCUAAAAGCCCUCGCCGAGGUUCCUCCGCUGCCUGAACCCCCGAAUCCCCAAUUUUCCGACCGAAUCCUGCCGUAAUUGGAGGUCGAUUCGGGUCGAAUUCGCGGGGCUCCGGUUAGUUGUCCCCACACCGGGAGGUCGUUUCGUCUGGGUUGCUUCGGCCGGCGUGAGGCGAAUUCGGGUGGUCGACUUGCUCAUGGAGGAAGGCCCCGCGGAUCUAGGGUUUCGGAGCUAGGGUUCCGACCGGCGGCUGCAAAGUCGCCUGCGGCGGCGAUCUGGUGAUGGUGCAGCUGAGCGCCGGAAGUCGGCAAGGUGGGAUUUGUGGUGGGGAAGAUGUGGGGCUAUGCAUGGGCGACGCCAAGGCGGUGGUGAGGGGUGCGGCAAGAGGCGGCUUCUCAUUCGGGGCAUGUGGCCAGCAACUCGCGUAGAGGCAGCUGCACCACCGGCACAGGGACCUGCUUCUCCUCCUUCCCGCUCGUCUGUUCCUCACCCCCUGACGACUCCUUGUCUGCCGGCACCUACUACUCCUACAGCGGCGACUCAGAAGCAGGAGUGGGUCGAUUCUCCAAGGCCUGUGUCACCCGACUCCUUUGUAAAGGACGGACGUGAGAUCAGAGUGGGUGAUUGUGCUCUUUUUCGGGCCAUUGAUGUUCCCCCUUUCAUUGGAUUGAUACGUUGGAUUGAGAAACAGAAAGAAGGUUAUCCCAAGUUGCGUGUAAGUUGGCUUUAUAGACCUGCCGACAUUAAGCUCAACAAGGGCAUACAACUCGACGCUGCUCCAAACGAGAUCUUCUAUUCUUUUCACCAGGACGAGACAUCUGCUGUCUCACUUCUCCAUCCUUGUAAAGUUGCCUUCUUACGAAAAGGUGCUGAGCUGCCAGCUGGAACUUCAUCAUUUGUAUGUUGGCGUGUUUAUGAUAUUGACAACAAGUGUUUAUGGUGGCUUACUGAUCGUGAUUAUAUAAAUGAACGGCAGGAAGAGGUAAAUCGGCUACUACACAGAACAAGGCUAGAAAUGCAUACUGCAGUGCAGCAAGGUGGGCGUUCACCAAAGCGGCUGAAUGGGCCAUCAGCUUCCCAGCAAUUAAAGGUUGGUUCAGAUGGGGGCCAAAAUUGUGGUUCAUCUAAAGGAAAGAAGAGGGAAAGAGGUGAACAAGGAAUUGAUCAAAUUAAACGAGACCGUGAUCGCACACUUAAGACUGAUGACAGUGAGCCUGGAAACUUAAAAGGAGACAACGUGAAGUCUGAAAUUGCAAAGAUCACAGAGAAAGGUGGACUUCAUCAUACCGAAGCCGUAGAGAAGCUAAUUCAUCUCAUGCAACUUGAUCGAACUGAACGGAAGUUAGACUUUGCUGGUCGAGUAAUGCUUGCAGAUGUUAUUUCAGCUACAGAAAGCCCUGAUUGCCUUGGCAGAUUUGUGCAGCUAAGGGGCCUUCCUGUAUUUGAUGAUUGGCUUCAAGAGGCUCACAAAGGAAAGUCUGGUGAAGGUGGUAGCCCUAAAGAAACUGAUAAGCCUAUGGAGGAACUUCUCCUAGCACUGCUUCGUGCAUUGGCGAAAUUGCCUAUUAAUCUCAAUGCCUUACAAAGUUGCAGUAUAGGGAAAUCUGUUAACCAUCUGCGAAGCCAUAAAAAUCCAGAGAUACAGAAAAAGGCAAAGUGUCUUGUUGAAAAUUGGAAGAAGCGUGUUGAUGCUGAAAUGAAGUCAAAUGAUGCAAAACCAGUUGUAUCAGGCCAAGCUGUAUCCUGGCCAGGGAAACCUGGUUUUGCAGAAAUUUCUAGUGCUGGAAACAGACGAAGUGGCUCAAGUGAGCCUAGUCUGAAAAGCCCAGUGUCUCAACUUUCUUCAUCAAAGGCCUUGGCUUCUAAACCUGGAAUCACUGAUGCUCCUGCGAAAUCGGGUCCUGUGGCAUCUGGGUCUUUGAAACAUAUGCAACCAGGAAAUGCUGUAACCUACUUGAAGGAGCAACCCAGCAAAUCAUCUGGUGGGGCUUGUAGCCCUGAGUUGCCCGCGUUGAAAGAGGAGAAAAGCUGUAGUUCAAGUCAGUCUCUGAACAACAGCCAGUCAUGUUCUAGUGAACACACAAAACCAAUUGGUUCUUCAAAGGAGGAUGCCCGCAGUUCAACUGCAGCUUCUGGCAUUACUGGUGGUAGAACAUCUGGUAACUCCUCACGAGUCCUUCGAAGAACAAACAAUGGACUUCUUGGUUCAGGAGUCCAAAAGGAAGCUACCGUGGCAAGAUCUACCUCAGUUGAUCGCUCUUUGUUGCAGGAAAAGGCAGCACAGUCUGGCGCAGAAUGUGAGAAAGGAACUGAAAUACCAUCAGAUCAGGGCAAUGGGCAUAGAUUGAUUGUUCGGUUUCCAAAUCCUGUCCGUAGUCCUGCUAGAAGUGCAAGUGGGGGUUCUUUUGAGGACCCAUCAUUUACAGGGAGCAGAGCUUCAUCUCCUGUGAUUGCAGAUAAGCAUGAGCAGAAUGAACGUAGAGUGAAAAUGAAAACUGAAAAUUUCAAUCCUCAUGCAGGCAAUGAUACAAAUGCUGAAUCGUGGCAUAGCAAUGAUGUUAAAGGAGCAUCAGUUUCUGAGGAAGGCGAUAAAUCACCUCAUGCUAUCUUGACUGAUGAUCGCAGUAGGAAAACUGAAGAAGCUGGCAAAGAUGCAUCGACUGCUCGAGUUUUUUGUUCAGAUGCUAAUGAAAAGGUGAUUUGCUCAAGCGAAAUUGGGGGGAGAAAUUCAUUCAGCCCUAUGAAUGCUUUGAUUGAAAUCAAGUACUCUGAAGCUAGUCGGUCGUUGCAAGCUGGAGAUGAUACAGCAAUGAAUCUUCUUGCCAGUGUUGCCGGAGAAAUAUCUAAAUCUGAGUUGAUUUCAACUGUUUCACCUCAAAAUUUGGCAGGAAAUGAAAAGGGCUGCGAAGGAGACAACAUUGGGAAGCUAAAAGUGGAAAGCGAUAUGGGCUUGUCACGGCAUGCAGGGCCAACAAAUGAUGCUGAGAAAAGCACCACUGAUAAGGGUGAUAAAAUUGGUGUAGGUUUGGUUGCAAAGGAGGAACAACACCAAGGGGAUGCAAAGGACAAGAAGGUCACAUCUUCUGUGCUGCCCUCUCUACCUGGAAUAGAUUCUAAAGCUAUUGAAUCUCUUGCUAAGACUGAAAAUCAAGAAGUCGGAGAUACAGAUAAUGGUGAAAAGUCAGUCACAAAACUGCCAGCUGAUACCAAGAUCGACAUAAAGUCCAACAUAAGUCCAUGUACUACAGGUGAAUUACGUGGUGGUGAUAAACAGGCUCAUGGUUUGUUAAAGUCAACAGAUCAGAAGCAUCACCAGUGUCUGCCAGAUAAUUCAGAAGCCAUUGACCGAUCUGGUGACAGUGCUGCUGUCAAAUUGGAUGUGGAGCCUUCAAUUUCAUCUUCAACUGUGAAUAAGGCAGGCUUACUGGUUGGUAACACUGUGCUGAGAGAGGAUGAAAAGAAGGAACAGCCUUUUUCCAGGUCUGCUGAUGGUACAAAACUAGCUAUAUCAGGAGUACCACCUGGUCCAAAAAAUGGGAUUAGUCCUAAGGAAUUAAAAGACAAUUCCAGUGAAUCAAGUAGUCACGCAAGACCUGGACCUACUGUCUCACAUGAUACUGAACAUAGUGCAAGGCGCAGCUCAAAGAAGUCGAGUGAUGAUGCAAGUGGGAAUGAGGACCUUGUCUCAUCCGAUGAUGGUUCUUCUUUUGCUGCCAAGAUCAGGUCAAGUACUACGGCCAAGCUUGAUUUUGACUUGAAUGAAGGAAUUCCUGGAGACGAAGUGCACCAUUCUGAGCCAGAUAUCUCUCCUGCUAUUUGUUCUUCUGUAAUUCAGUUACCUCGUCUUUCUCCAUUCAUAUCACCCAUGUCAAGUGGGCUACUUGCUCCGAUAACAGUAGCUUCUCCAGCUAAAGGCCCCUUUGUUCCUCCUGAGAACCUACUAAGGUUGAAGCCUGAGACAGGCUGGAAAGGUUCAGCCGCUACAAGUGCAUUUCGUCCUGCAGAACCAAGGAAAUAUUUGGAGAUGACACUCAGCGCACCUGGUGUUCCAGUAUCUCAUGCUUCAGGUAAACAUCGGCCAGCACUUGACAUUGAUUUAAAUGUAGCAGAUGACCACUUUCUUGAUGAAGACGUCUCACAAAGUUCUGUUCAGACAACUGGUUCUGAAUCUGGGCACACUAAAAGAAGCAAUGGUCCUGUACGAACUGUUGGUGUUGAAUUUGACUUAAACAGAGCUGAUGAAGUUGCAGAUAAUGGGCUAUUUGUGUUGAAUACUCCCCACAGGGUUGAAGUACCUUUGUUAUCUUCAAGACCAUUACCUGGAAUUUUCUCUAGUACUGAUACAAAUAGCUCGAGGGAUUUUGAUCUCAAUAAUGGACCAACUCUUGAUGAAAGUGGUGCGGAUCAGACAGCAAGGAGUCUAUCAUCUAAAAAUACCAGUAGUAUACCAUUCCUACCUCAAGUUGCUGGUGUUAGAAUGAACAAUGCCGAGAUGAGUAAUAUGUCACCAUGGUUUGCUUCUACUAACCCUUGUGCUCCUGUAGCUGUACAGUCGUUUUUACCUUCUAGAGGCGAACAGCCUCAUCCUGGUGAAACAACUGCUGGAAGUGGAACACAGAGGAUCAUUACAUCCUUGUCGGAUGGUGUUCAUCGUGGAAGUGAUCCCUGCCGUGCUCCAGUUAUUUCUACCUCACCAACCAUGGUUUUUCACCCUCCUGCAUAUCAAUACGCAGGAUUUCCUUUUACUCCUGGUAUGCACCUUCAAGCACCAGGGUUUUCAAUUGGGUCAACAUCAUAUGCCAAUUCAGGACCUGCAGGACUUCCAUAUUUUCCUGGCAUUGCUCCAACACUCUUAGGGCCAGCAGGCGCGAUGCCUGCUCAGCAUGCUAGGCAAUAUGCAAUAAACCUUCCUGAAGGAACCAGCACUGUUGGACAUGACAGUAAUCGGAAAUGGGGAAGGCAGGGCCUUGAUCUUAAUUCUGGCCCGGGAAGUGUAGACGCAGAAAUAAAGGAUGAGCGAGUAUCUUUACCAGUUAGACAAAAUUUGAUCACCCCACCGCAUGCCUUUGGGGAAGAGCAUACAAGAGCAUACCAAAUGCCAGGUGUUGGAAUAAAGAGGAAGGAGCCAGAAGGCAGUUGGGAUGCAGAACGGUCCUCAUACAAGCAAUUAUCAUGGAAAUGAGCUUUUAACUGUAUCAUUUCUCAUUUCACAGUGGCUUCAUCUUCCAGUGAGCUUGUAUGUACUUGUAUUCCGUCUCCAACUACCUGCUUUUUUUUUCUGACUUGCAGCUUUCUUUUGAAUUUUUCUUUUGAAAUUAAGGCACGGUGCUUGUGUUUGCAGAGGCAACUGCAUGUUGAACUUGGCUGGAAUAUACAGUUCAUACGUGACCCAAUGAUGUGAAUUGUGAGAGGAAUGAUACCUUGCUGUAAAUGUUCAUCAUAUUUCUUACUUCCCUGGAGACAAUUUUCCUUGGCUUCAGCAGUUGCUUUGCUAGAUUUUCUUAGCUGUCAGGCAUGCUUCUAAUUUGCUCCGGUAUUUCUGGAGAUGGAUUGGUAUAGGUCCUGAGCCUCAAGAAACAUCUGAAGUCCUUGUAAUUAGUUCAGCUUGUUUGUUUAAACUUUCUUAUGACAAACCAUUUCACAUUGUUGAGCAAAUCUGCUGCUUUACAUAUGAUUUAGACGUGACAUGUAUUUAUGUGUAACCGUUGCAUCGGUUUGCUCAUGUAACAGUAAGGGUAUCCAGUGGACUGUUUUGCAA